AUGUACGAGGCGCUUCCAGCCACACCGAUGCGUCGCCAGCUUGGCACGUCCACCGAUGACGCUGCCAUCUUCCUCGAAGACACGGUUGAUCGGGUGACGGCGCAGUGCAUUGACGCCUCACCAUCUGCCUUGGCGCUGCUGUCACCUCAGCACAUGCCAACUAGCAGCGCCGCCCACGUCGACGUCACCGAGUACGACGCGAACUACCUUGGCCCUCUCUCGACUUCCCACCGGAAGAGCACCGGUGGAAGCAGCAGUGGCAGCAAAGGUCGCCCGAGCCACCAUCACCACCGUGCGCUGCACGACGUCACGAACACAUCCGCCACGAAGAUGGGCUUCAGCGCAGCAUCCGGUAGCAAAUCUCCUACCCCCAAGGCGGUACGGGGGAGCACAUCGCACGCCACGCACCCGCAGAGUGUCUCGUCCAGCACCUCGCUCACCCGCAGCGCGUACGGUCGCAGCCCGUCCGCCUCUGAGCCGAUGGUGCCGCUCGCCGACUAUGAGGCACUGCAGCGGGAGCGGAACCGGUACGAGAAGAUGUACGAACACCAGCGCGCGCUCUACGAGGAUAUGGCUGAGAAACACGCGGAUGCGUACCAGGCGCUGCAGGACAAGAUCAUCGAGGUUGUCGCCCUCUCCACACGCAACGAGGAGGGCAAGCGCUUCAUUCGGCAGCUAAAGCGGGAGAUGUCCGAGAGCCGCACCCGUGUGAUGGACAUGCAGAACAGGGCACUGGAGGAGGCAAAGUUGGAGCGAUCCGCAAAGAUGCGGUACGAGGCGCUCAUUCAGGAGCACGAACGCAAGUACGAACGGCUGGUGGAGCGGCAUGAGAUGAAGCUGGCGGGGAUGGAGAGCCUCGUGAGGGAUUUGACAUCCCUGCGCGGGGAGCGAGACAACAUCCACGUCUCGCAGUUGGACUCCUUGCUGAAGGCCGCCUACUCGAAAAGCACAGCCCUCUUCAGCGACCUGCUCCGCCAAGGCAAGCAGAUUGAUCUUCUCUACGAAGCCAAAGCCGCGCUUGAGGCGCAGGUAGAGCAGCAGCGCAAGGAGAAGCGGGAGGUUGAGGCAACACUGCGAGAGGAGCGGCGCCAUAUGGCCACCGAGAUGGAGCGUAUGAUCGAGCAGAUUGAGGAGCAGCAGCAGUCAAUUCUGAAUCUGCGUCAGAUGCUUAUUCGAACCAUGGACAACCGCGACAAUCUCUUCGCCUAUAGCCGAGGUCCGCGUCAUCCCCAAAGUGACGAGGACCAUGAUGGCAGCGAUGACAGAAGCCACAGCAGCAACAGCAGUCUCACGUCCUCGCCACCGAUAUCACCGAUUGUCGACAGGGGCGUGACCGCGGAGGUUACGGAGGAUGAAAGCGAAGACACCGAAGGCGACGGCGUAUACGCGGUGCCUGCGCGAAAGGAGGGAAAGGAAAAAGGCGCCGAUGUGGAGCGCAGCCCGGUACGCGUGUGCGGAGCCACGACAACAACCGGGCCCAUCACCCCCGCCUCCACCGUCUCCACGAACUUACUCUCGAGCAACAGCGUCGUCGCACCUCGGCGCACGGCGACUGUCGUGAACAAAUCAUCGGCUACCCUCUCGAAGGCGAGAGUCACAGUGGUGGUGCCACCACUCCCGUUGACAUCACGGGAUAGCUCGUUGUCGUUUCGGCAAGGUUCUUGCCGGUAUCAGCGCAGCAAGAGCGACGCUGAUGAACACACCACGGUGAGGGUGGCGGACGACGACCACCGCCUACGCCAGCGAAGCUCCAGUGAUGAGGGUAGCGCCGCCAAUCCCAGGCUAGCGGACGCCUCGCUGUGCACAGCAUCUACUGUCUCGUCGGUGGCGUCGCGACGGCGGCUGGACUUCACCACUGCGCUGGCUGUUGUUGCAGAGAAGCGCCGUCGCGACCGGGCCAACCGGGAGGAGAUUACUCUCAAGCACGAAUUGGAUAAGGAGAACAGCAAGCCGACUGUGCCGCAUCGCGUCAUUGUCCGCUCCUGCGGAGUAGAAAACAUAACGACAGCGCGCAAGACAGUGUUAGCAGAGCACGAUGGCGACAACAGUGGAACACAGCGGGGCGAGGAUGAGGAGGCGGAGCCGCGGUUGUUCCCAUUCAACGUGCUGCGGCCUCGCGAGUGA